UGUCCCCGCCUCUCAGCUAAUCGGUGGGUGGGCCCGGUUUCCAGAGAGGCCUCCCUGAAGCCUGAACUUGGUAGGCCCCAAGCAAGCCAGGAAGGAGGCUGGCAGAGUUCUCUGCAGAAGACCCUCUGCCCAGAACAUCCAGCCCAGCUUUUGCCAGACAAAUCGGUGAUCUGAGAAACUUGUCUGUGUUCCGGAAUGCCAAAGUCGAAGGACCUGGUGGAAACAAUCUCUUCAGACAGCAGCUCUGAUGCGGAGAUUGAGAAUAACCAGAAGAAGAAAAAAGCCAUGCCUUCCAAGCCACAGAAGCGAGCGAGAACUGAAAGCAUGUCAGCCCCCAGACCACCAGCUAAAAGCUCCAAACAGGACGACACCCAAGAAGACAUGUUCCAGAUAGGAAAGCUGCGUUAUGUCUGCGUCUCCCUGUUUAAAGGCAAAGUCCUGGUGGAUCUCCGGGAAUUCUACAUGGAUAAAGCUGGUGAUAUGAAACCUGGGAGGAAAGGGAUCUCCCUCGCUGUGGAUCAGUGGCAAAGCUUGAAGGCGAUUAUUCCAGACAUCGAUGCUGCCAUCAAGAAAUUCUAAGGCACAGCUACUUACAAGGAGGCAUUUGUUUGCGUUUAGGGGGUUGGCUUUUUCCCCCAGGAGGAAAGCAAGAUCUUCUGCUCUCCCCCUGCCUGCCCCCGAUUAGCUAAUAAAACUAAAUAAUUCCGGC